AUGGCGGAAACACCUCGCGUCCUGCGGCCGCGCCCAAGACGCCCAUUCGAACUCACCCCUGCCUCCAAUGAGUCGUCCGGACCUCCUACGCCCGCCGAUCCCGCCAGCGCCGACCUGCUGAGUCCCAACACUCAGGAGACCGAAUCGACCUCGACCAGCGUGAGUCGCACCGGCUCAAUCUUAAAUUUGACCUCCUCGACCCUCUACGGAAUCUACCAGCCCACUGCGUUCAAUGGCCUUCGCGGUGAAGACAGCCCCUGGGGCACGGAAGCGAAUUCCCCUGCGGCCGAAUACCCCCCGGAGCCUAUGCAGCGCGAGGCUGAGAAGUCUGCGACUGAGCCGCGUCGGUAUGCCCUCCGACGGACUCGCUCGCGACUGAGCCAGGGCAUGUUCCGUGGCGUUAUUUUGCCGCAGGUGAUGAGCAGUGCUUUGCUCUUUGGCUUUGGAAUCGUUUACGGCGUGAUUACGGUCCACCUGCACGAGAACCACUGGAUUACACCUGUCAAGCUUGAGAACGUUCACUACUACGACUCAUGGCAGUACUUGGGCUCCUGGGGUUUGGCAGGUAUUGCGCUGGGCAACCUUCUUCCCUGGCUGGAUAGCUGGCGCGAGACCGACGAGAGUUAUCAAGCAAAAACUAGCAGUGAAGACGGCCAGGACCGAACUCCUUCGUGGGUGACUGUUGCUCGCAGUAUCGGUGCAUUCGUCGGAAUCGCAUUCGCCAUGCGUCGACUUCCCUGGGAAUCUACGACCCAAGCCUCCUUGACCCUCGCUCUCGCAAACCCCGUCCUAUGGUAUCUGAUUGAUCGCACCUCGACCGGGUUUGUCCUCUCCGCCGUCGUUGGAAUCGCUGGCAUGAGCGCUGUCCUCGGGCUGAAGCCUCAAUUGAUUCCCGCAUCCACCGGUCCUUCGGUAGGCACUGCAUUCUUGAAUGGAACAGGAUGGGAAAACGCGAUGGGAGCUGGCAUUACACAGGAAAGUAUUGCGGUUCGCACCUGGGUCGCGAGUGUGAUUUUCUGCGCCUGCGUCUGUUUUGGAAACAUCGGUCGCCAGCUCGCCAUCGGAGCCGGCACGAGAAAUACCCUGAAGACAUAA